UAUAAAUUUUUAGAAUCUUUAUAGCUUUGUAUUUUGUCAUGUGAGAAGGAUUUUGUUCUCCCUUGAGAAAGUUUGAGGAAGUUGAUGAGAUUUUUAAAAAUCUGAGAAGAGGUAAAUCAAUAUAUUCUUUUCCAUGUUAAAAAUGGCGAUCUAGGCGGGUGCCCUCGCCUUCUGGGCUCAUCCGCGGGAGGAGACGUCUGAAAACAAACAUGGGUCUCAGAAUUGGAGGGCACGUAGAGAAGGUGAAUGGAAAAGAACUCACGUACGCUCAGUUUGUGGAAAGGUACAUUAAGAAGAACCAGCCUGUGGUUCUGACGGGUCUGAUGGACGACUGGAGGGCUUCCACAGAUUGGGUCUCUCCCGAUGGACAGCCAAAUCUUCGUUUCUUCUCUACCCAUUUUGGGAAAUCUCUAGUUCAGGUUGCAGACUGUGGUGCUAGGGAGUUGACUGAUCAGAAGCGAGCAGAAAUGUCUGUUUCAGACUUCAUUGACCACUGGCUUGAGGAUUCUGCCAAGGAGCAUGGUAAUGCUGCCUCUUGUGAGAGUAAUGGCAAAUCUCUCCUAUAUUUGAAGGACUGGCAUUUUGUGAAGGAGUACCCAAAAUAUUUAGCAUACACAACUCCACUCUUUUUCUGUGAUGAUUGGCUCAACUUGUAUCUCGACAAUCAUCGUAUGCAUAAGGAUCCUGACACAUAUCAAGAGAAUAAUGAAAUUAGUUGCUCUGACUAUCGAUUUGUUUACAUGGGAGCAAAAGGUACAUGGACUCCUCUUCACGCUGAUGUUUUCAGGUCAUACAGUUGGUCAGCAAAUGUCUGUGGGAAGAAACAAUGGCAUUUUCUAUCUCCAUCUCAACAUCACCUUGUUUUUGACAGGUACAUGAAAAGCUCCAUAUAUGACAUCUUUGAGGAUGUUAGUGAGGUCAAAUUUCCUGGUUUUAAGGAGGCUAUCUGGUUGGAGUGUUCUCAAGAUCAAAAUGAGAUUAUCUUUGUGCCCAGCGGGUGGUUUCAUCAAGUUCAUAAUCUGGAAGAUACAAUAUCAAUAAACCAAAAUUGGUUCAAUGCCUAUAAUAUUUUGUGGGUGUGGGAUUUGCUUUUAAGAGACUACAGUGAGGCUAAGGAGUAUAUAGAGGACAUUAAGGAUAUAUGUGAUGAUUUUGAAGGUCUCUGCCAGCGGAAUCUUGCGGCUAACACAGGCAUGAACUUCUAUGAUUUCUUCAUAUUCAUUGUGCGUUUCUGCUUUGCCAAUUUGGUCCUACUUUGUUAUCUCCUUAGAGACCAUAAUCCUACAUGGAGUUCAUCCCCAAUGGCUCAGACUUUAGCUUUGAACCUUGUAUCUAUACAGAAAAUAGCAUUAAAGAUGAAGUUUGACCAAGGUUUGGCUGCAAACAUUGACUUCGUGGAUUUCAGGGAGACACUGGACAACACAGAUUUCGUCAAACUAUGUACAGUUUUGAGCAAAACAUAUGGGAUGAUACAUGAACAAAUGAUACAUGAGCAAUGGGAACAAAGUUGUGAUAUAAAGAAAAUUUUGGUAGAUGGGCUGCGGGCAUUUGAUUUUAUGAAAACUUCCAGCUCUGAGAUCCGUACUCCAGAAGAUCUGGUUAAUUUUAUAGACAUUGCUCUUGCGGAGCUUGGUUGCGUUUCCCUUGGGGAAAACAUUUUGUUUUGAAUUGAAUGGCCUUGGAAGAAGCUACUUUGUGAAAUUUUAGUCUCGCUACAAGGUUCCACUUUUUUAAAAGGCUUUGGCAAGUGAUAAUUUAAAAUAUUGAACUCUUUCUGGGAUGCCGUAAUCGGAAUGCUGCAUGAACUGGUGCAAUGGCUUCUAGUUAAUCUGAAGUGUACAGAUAUAAAAUUGUUUCAAUGAAGCCAAACAGACAACGGUUGCUGAAUUAUCUGCUUUAUUGUGACCUGAAUGUUUUCAUAGUUCUACUUUUAUGGCUUCCCUAAAUUUCUUGUAAGUUGAUGUUAACUUGCUGCUGGCGCAGCAAGUGUGCUGCACAAGUUAAGCGAAGACUGGAAUCCUACAUAUUGUCUUCCAGAUACACAAAUGUAGAAAAAAGAAGUGCUUCUUGUAAGAUACCAUGCUCCCUUUUUUCCCUUGAGCUUUCUUAGCAUCCAAUCCAAAUGGGGCAACUUGUCAUGCCGCCUGAGAAAGUGGAAUGCAGUUUCUGUUGGCUUGCUUUCCUUGGAUAUUCCUUUCGGCAAGAAGUGCUUUAACUUUUCAGGCAA